ACAUGAGAGAAGUCUCGAUUUAUUAUAUUAUUAGACAAGUUUUUGUACAGUUUGGUUAGCGUGUGAAUGAGAGCGAGGUGGCCGUACGUGCGGCUGGGAACAGAAGAUUGCAUUCAUUAAUUUGCCCAUUUUUAUUCACUUGAUGCUCCUUUGCCUUUUCUCACAAUGGACUCUCACAGCUCUCGAAUACAAAGCUUGAAUGCGAAGAAACCAUUUAAGCAGCCUCUUUUGUGACAUCGAUUUUUCCCUUCCAUCUGCCAGUUUUCUCCUCUGAACUUACACUGCUUACAAAUGAUUUUUUUUCAGCUGCUCUUUUUUUUUGUUGUUGUUAAAGAUUUACUAAAAUAUGAUAUUGAUUUCUUGUAUGAGAUUUGUAAAAGUACACUAAAUUAUCAAAGAAAAAAUGUGGGUACGCUGCUCUCUUUUUGUAGCAGCUCUGUUUUUGGCACUUAUUCUCUCUUUUGCUUUAAUGUUGGGGAAACGCUUCACCUAAAAGUGAGAAAUCUGGAGUGGCAUUUGUGAAGCGGUGCCAAAAAAAAGUUUAUAUGUGCAUCAAAGCUCAAGUGAGGAAGAAGAGUGUGAAUCUGUUAAGUUAUCGUUUUGCUUUUUUAACAAAAGUAUAAAAGGUGUUUGAUAUUUUGAAAUAUGCAAAUGUAUAAAGUACCAUUGGCUUGGGAAUUUUGGGUUUGUUUGUUUUCUAUGGGGAAAAAAUGUUCUUAUUUACUUGUUUUGUGGGCGCGUUUGGAAAGUUGACUUUUUUUUUGAUACUGCUUUGUUAAAUGCUUGUAUUUAUCAAAACUGUUUGUUACACAUUUUGCAGUCAUAAAUAAUUUGCUAUACAAUUCUGUGUCGGGACAUUUGUGUGUGUCUGUGGAUUUUAUUAUUUAUUUAUUUUAUUAAUGGGACACCUCUGGUUGUUAAUUUAUAUACAAAGCAUUUAAUUUCACAAAUUCCAUUUGAAUGUGCUUGUGUUUUUUGGAGCAUGUUAUCAGAAUUUUAUGACCACUGUUUCUUUCUCUUGAAGUUCCACACUCAUGAGGACCGAAACUUAAAAUGCUGAAAUAUCAUCAGUUUUAUUUAAUUAAAGAUGGAAAAUGGUUUUGAAAAUGGGCAGAUUUGGCAAUAUAUUUAGAGAUUUCUUCAAUUAAGCACCAAAGAUCUAAAUAUAACCGGGCACCAAAGCAUUUUUUUAAAGGCACAUAUUUCUUCUUUUGAUACAUGUUCAGUCUCCCUGUCACAUUAAGUAUUUAAAGAAAUAUGCUAAUCUAUAGACUGAUCACAAAUGAAAUCCAAAAACAAUUAACAAACAGAACACCAUCUGAAAUGAUGGCAUUAGUAUUAUUAUUAUUAUUGGGAUAUGAUAUAGAAAACAUGAGCUUGAGAAGACAUGCAAAAGCAAAUUAGCUUUUUAGCUCCAUUUGUGUCCAUUCCAUUAGGCCUACUUGAUGAGGGAGGUGAGGAAACUGAAUAUCAUAUAAAAUAAAUAUAAAAUCCAGUAUGUAACAAACCUGGAACCUGAACACACACACAAUAUAAAAAAAAAUUAUGGAUCGUCUGGUUUAUAAAGCAUAAAGUAAACAGAACAUACACAAAAAAAUUUGUAAUUCUAGAACAGGCCUUUUAAAAGUACUGGUGCAGCAUUUGAGUAGUUCGGUAUAACGCACUGGUUGACGGUUCACGUUCCUAAGCUGUGUACCUGCUCUUUCUCGAAAUUGGAACAAAGAUAUUUCCAGGUGUUGAGCUCUCAUAACGUUUCGUACAAUGGCUGACGGGCGGUUUCCUUUUUGUUUCCACCGAACUAUAAUGAAGAAACAGGUAGCUCUAGUUUUGUUUCAGACGCAGAGACGAGCAGCGUACAGUACAGCAAACUGCAGCACAGACACGCCCACUGUUUUGAUUUGAGAACGGACGAAACCAAAAGAAGUAGCGGCAUUUUUAAUGUCUUGUCUUUUUCAAGGUAGAAAAUAGUUUAGUUCAAUGGUUUAUUAUGUUUAUAGCUGCAUUUUUCUAUGUGACCACAGCCACGCAUACAGGAUAGAUGUUGGUGUGAAACAGGAAGAGCGUCUAUCAUUGUUUAACCAUCCCCCCCUUAUUGGUGAAAAUGGUUUAGUCCAAGUUUGAAACGACGUUUUGAACUGGAGGUUUUUAAACUGCGGAAAGAAACACUGUAACGUUUCUAACAUACUACUCACCUCUAAAACCUAUACUAUAUUCUUUAAAUAACAGCAACAGACUUCUUCUGAAAUGCCAAAUCAGAGAGAGGGAGCCACUGAUGAUUCCCCUGCUGACCUUCCCUGUCUGGAAAAACUUGACUCUCCAACAGGGAGCCCACCCACUGCCUCAUUAUCCAGUCUAAUGGAGCUGGAAAAUUGCGUUUCCAACAUGAGUCUUGCACAUGAGAUAGUGGUGAACAGAGACUUCUGCUUCAAACCCCGAAAUCCUUCUACAGACAGCCUGGAGGGUAGAGUGACAGAAAUCGUUCACCGGGCCUUUUGGGACAGUCUUCAGGAGCAGCUGAACAGCGAUCCUCCAAACUACAGCCACGCUGUCCUUCUGCUGCAGGAAGUCAAAACUAUGCUUCAGUCCCUGCUCUUGCCUGCUCACGUCAGACUGAGGUCUCAGCUUGACGAGGUGCUGGACAUGGAUCUGAUCAGGCAGGAGGUUGACCACGGGGCUCUGGACCUCCACCGACUGGCGGAAUUCGUUAUCAACACCAUGGCAUCUUUAUGUGCUCCGGUGCGCGACCCAGAAGUCAGAGCACUGCGGGAUCUCAAGGAACCUGUGGAGCUCCUGAGGGAGAUCUUCCGUGUCUUGGGUCUCAUGAAGACCGACAUGGUUAACUUCACCAUUCAAAGCCUGAGGCCUCAUCUCAUGCAGCAGGCCAUACAGUACGAGCGGGCGAAAUUCCAGCAGAUCCUGGACAAGCAGCCAGAUUCUUUGGACAAUACCACUGCUUGGCUCCAGGCAGCAGCGUCUGAGGUGGUGUCGCCGUGUGAGGCGCAGUCUGAUUCUCCCGGUCCUGACAGCCGCGGUCCUUUCAGCCCCACCGCUGUCCUCAACCGGGCCUACAUACGUCUUCUCCACUGGGACCCACAGGACCAGAAAUAUCCUGAGACCAUCCUGAUGGAUCGGGCCCGCCUGGAUGCUCUUGGUCAGCGGCUCCAGAUGUUGGUCCUGGAGGCGUCGGUGCUGCUCUUGACUAACGCUCAGUGCGGCCGCGUCGUUUUCUCCCUGCAGGGGUUUGUAGGUAAACUCAGGCAGUCCAUCACUGCCCUGCUGGAGGGCAGUCACACAAGGGAAGCUGACCUGAAGGGGGCCUUGUUGGGGAUUGGGGAGAUAGUAUUGCAGCAGAUGUCUGAAGCGCUGGCUACUCAGGGAGGAGCAGCCCUGCCGGAGGAGAGCCAGGAUCUGCUGAAGGGACAAAUAUCUGAGCUGUGGAAACACAACAACCCAGUCUGCGUGCUUAUAGGAGAAAGGGUACAGGGUUUCCUCCAGGACACGCUGCGGGGCGGCCCUGCUAAAAGGAGUCCAGAGCUGCCUGCUCCCCUCGGGCUGCUGAGUGCUGAGCUAGUUGAGCUGGGGACGGCCUUUGGGCGAAUCGUCCACUUCAACCAAACAGUCUUUGGUCCCUUCUAUGCGCCCAUCCUCAGGAAACUGCUGUUCCAGCCAGUAGGGGCCGAGGCUGGGGAGGACUCGCGCUAAACUGAGGCUGACCCUUUCAGUUUGUAGCUACAUUCUUAGGCAAUUUAAAGAAACAAAGGCACAGAACCAAAAUCCUGUGUUGCCUUAUACAUAUUUACUGCCUUGAAAAAAACAAACACGUGAAAGAAAUUUUAGUAAUUCUGACCCAGGUGAAAGCUAUAAUUAUUAUAUUUAGCCAUUUUAAGACGCUGAAUGUGAAUGGUUUUAGAAAUCAGAGCACCAAAGAACAUAUGAUGAGUCUGUAAAUAAUACUUAAGCUUUAAUAUGUAGCUCUUCAUGUUGAAAAAUGUUUAUGAGUAACUUACCAAAGACAGCAUGCACCUUUUCAAUAUUUUUAUUAUUUUAUUUUUUUUCUUCUUGAAUCAAAAAUAUACUUGUGUUUCUUUCAGUCGUUGACAUUGGAGCGGGUAUGUGCUACUAAACAAAUACCAAAGUGAUAUAUUUUUUCCACCAGCCAUUCAAAGACAUGAAAACACGUGAGCUUGAAAGAAAUUAUCGUUCACCUUGUUACAUUUUAAGCAAUAUUUCAGAAAAAAACUGUUACAGGAUGCACAUACAAUGGGAUAAGUUAAAUCCUAAAGAGGUCUUAUUUUAAAAUCUGUAUUUUUUUUUCUUUUUAAAAAAUACUAAUACGGUUUUUAGUAUUUUUUCCCCCAUUACAUGUUAUUGUAGUGAAGCUUACAAGAGUCCUGUUUUAAAUGUAUGUACACGCUAACAUUUCAAAUGUUUGGAGUGACUGUUUGGAGCUAUAGCUGACUGCCAACAAGCAAAGGAAGUAUUCAGAAACCAAUUUGUGCCCUUUUAUUUGCUUCUGGCACUAUUUUUGUAACCCAUUAACAAACUGUAUAAAAAAGAUGGACAUAGCCCUGGGGUCUAUAAAGUAAAGCCAGUGCAUAAACGGCUUAAACCUAGAUUCUUUAUAAUGGCCAACAGGGGCCAAUUCUGGAAGCAGUCAAAGUCAGACAGUGUACAAGUGAGGAAAAACUGCAGUUCCUUUAGUGACCACUUGUGUCUCCAUUGACUCUCAUGUUUAAUCCACAAUCUUGGUACAAAAACAGAUUUGGUCACAACUAUACAGUUUCCCCCCCCCCCCGCUCAUACAAUAAAUAAUAAUUAUAAAUGCAGAAGCAGACAGUUGGUGAUUUCAUUGGUCGCUACCUUAGUGAUGCACCCAAUUGUGAUGAUACGAUACCUGGUAACUUGUAUUUGUUUUUUAAUAAAAGACUUAUUAUACUUUCAAAUAUACUUUUCAUAAAUAAAAUGUUAUGCGUCUAA